AUGCCUGAACGUCGGACAAACCCCUACCCUCAUCUUUUCAUUCUUUUUCUCGUUUGCCUUUCUCCCCGGCAUUUCUUUCCCUUCCCGCCAAAAACCGAUUCGAGUGAAAAGUUUAUCGCGGGCCGGUACGUGAUUUGCAGCUGCCUCUUUUCUCAUCGGCCAUUUUCAAGCCACCACCCACCGUCAACCCCUUAUAACAUGACCCGUCGUCACCACCUCCACGUUCUGCUAUUCCGAAUAUACCUAUCAUCACCGAUCGACCCUCCGACUAACAGCGUCACCUCUCACUUUUACCUCAUUUUCAUCCCACCAUCUAUCUAUCUAUCUAUCUAUCUAUCUAUCUAUACAUGUAAUUGUGGGCAUUUUUACCGCUUUCUAUCUAUCUAUCUAUCUAUCUAUCUAUCUAUCUAUCUAUCUAUCUAUCUUUCUUUCUUUCAAUCUUUCUUUCUUUCUUUUUUACUUUCUUUCUUUCUUUCUUUUUCUGAUCAAAUCUAUCUUUUUGUCAAUCUAUUUCGAUCUGAUCAUGACUAUGUAUCUCUCCCUUCCUUUUGUAAUCUCAAUCAGAACAUUAUCUAUCUAUCUAUCUAUCUAUCUAUCUAUCUAUCUAUCUAUCUAUCUAUCUAUCUAUCUAUCUCAGCCUGUUCAUAUCUAUCUAUCUAUCUAUCUAUCUAUCUAUCAUCAUCUAUCUAUCUAUCCCAGUUUGUUCAUAUCUAUCUAUCUAUCUAUCUAUCUAUCUAUCUAUCUAUCUAUCUAUCUAUCUCAGCCUGUUCAUAUCUAUCUAUCUAUCUAUCUAUCUAUCUAUCUAUCAUCUAUCUAUCUAUCUAUCUAUCUCAGUUUGUUCAUAUCUAUCUAUCUAUCUAUCUAUCUCAUAUCUAUCUAUCUAUCAUCUAUCUAUCUCAGUCUGUUCAUAUCUAUCUAUCUAUCUAUCUAUCUAUCUAUCUAUCUAUCUAUCUAUCUAUCUAUCUCAGUUUGUUCAUAUCUAUCUAUUUAUCUAUCUAUGUGGUUCUCUCACUCUCUCUCCCUAUCUAUCUAUCUAUCUAUCUAUCUAUCUAUCUAUCUAGGUCUCUUCAUAUCUAUCUAUCUAUCUAUCUAUCUAUCUAUCUAUCUAUCUAUUGA